AUGAGAAUGAGUGUCUUUACUUUUGAUUAUAUUCUGUCAAAAAUUAGUCCCUCGCUGAUGAAGAAGUGGUGUAACUUACACGCUCAACCAAUUAUGCCGGAAGAAAGAUUGGUUUUGACGCUCAGGUUUUUAGCGAUAGGAAGUACGUAUUCUGAAUUGGCGUUUUCCUUCAAGAUGGGAAUCAAAACUGUUUCUGUGAUCAUAUCUGAGACAAUGAAUGUCCUAUGGUCGACACUGGCAUCGUUAUAUAUGCCAGUUCCUUCCAUCAGUGACUUCAUUAAAAUAUCUCAGGAUUUUCAAAAGAAAUGGAACUUCCCGCAUUGCAUAGGAUCAAUUGAUGGACGUCACGUAGCUGUAAAAAAGCCACAUAAUUCUGGGAAACUGUAUUAUAACUAUAAGAGGUACUAUUCUAUUGUUUUACAAGCUGUGGUCGACGCCAACUACAGAUACGUCAUUAUAGAUGUAGGAGGAUUUGGCAGUCAACAUGAUUCGGCAACUUUCAAAGCUUCUCGGCUUUAUAAAGCUUUAAUACAAAAAAAAAAUUCAUAUACCACAAGCUAGUAAAGUAGAAAAUUCAAACCUAUACCUGCCAUAUUUUUUCGUAGGAGAUGGAGCGUACCCUAUAUCCGAGAUUUUAAUGAAGCCGUAUCGUGGUAUUCAUCUAUCACAAGCACAAAAAAUAUUCAACAAGCGAUUGUCUAA